AUGUACAAAAACGUGCAAGUCAAUCAUUACACAAGUUUGCCUGCUAAACCAACAACGACGACUGCUGCUGCUUCUUCUAGUUCUACAAGUAGAACAACUACUACUGAUUCUUCUUCUGCAUUAAAUAAUACAAACGACGUUAUCAUAAUAAGAAAAUCAUCUUUACCUAUAUCACCACAAUCAUCUUCAUCCAAUUCUUCUCCCUCAACAAUAGUAUCAAAAAUUAAACACGAUUCAAUAGCAUUACCUGUAACACAACUAGCAUCAACUUUAAUGUCAAAAACAAACACUCAUAAUACAUCAUCAAAAUCAGAAAUUGAUCAAUUAGAUGAUCUUGUGAAUGAUUUAUUAAAUGAAGUUAAUCGUCCAAUACCAUCAUCUACGACAACAACAUCAACAACAAUUGAUAGAAAUUUAAAAUAUCCUAAAGAAAAUAUAAAAGAGACAAAUGAACCAUCCUAUGGGCAACGUUCAACUGUAAAACAUACUAAUGGACAGCCUGUUACAGCGUCCUAUUCGUAUCAUCGACGUUUCGAUAAUUCUGAUGGCGAUAGUAAACCGCCACCAACAUCUUAUAAUCAAGCAUCAACUUUAUCGACAUCAAAAUGGAAUAAUAAUUUAAAACGUGGAUUCGAUGAACGUACAGCAAAUAGUGUUAGUGGACUAAUUGAUCAAGAUAGUAAUAGUAAUUCUAAUAGUAAUAUAAGAUCAACGACACGAACAACACGAGAAGAACGUAUACGUGUUAAACGUGGCGGUGGAGCUGGUAGUCAGCAUUCACAAACAACCGGCACAUCAUCCGAUAUACCCUUGACAUCAUCAUCAUCGACAACAACGGCAACAACAGUAACAAAACCGAUUAAAAAUGAUUUAACAUCACGUGAUCAAUUAUUUAUGGACGAACAACUUAUUGAUUCACUUCUUGAAAGUGUUCAAAAUACAUUAAGAAAACGUUCACAACAACAACAAUCUGAACAUCAAACAUCGCGAUGGUUAAGUGAAAGUGGUACAAAUCGUGGUGGUUUUAAUACCGUUCAACAUAUUCCACCGACAUCAAGAAGAACCUAUAGUAGUAGUGCAGCCUAUUCAGAUACAGUACAUAGAAUGGAUCCUUCAGUGCAUAUGCGUGGGCGAUUUCCUAUUAAAUUAUAUCGUACAGAUAGUCCAACAAAUGUUGGUUUUAAUAGUUAUGGAGGGACAUUACAAAGUCAUACAAUUAUUCCUGCUAGUGGACGCGCCACAUCUGAACCCCCACCGGAAGGCCCUAUUCGAAUGGAGCGCAUGGAUCUAUUACGCUCUCCAUCUCGUUCUCAAAUGGAUGAUGGUGGACCACCGUCAUCAUCGUCGUUAGCCUAUCAUCAUCCACAUUAUCCAUAUUAUCGUUCAACAUUACCAUCUGGCGGUCUUCGUGUACGCGGUCACAAUUAUUCAGGCUAUGAAACAGAUACAGGAAUUAUAACAUCUCAGCGUGGCCAACGUUUUUAUGAUCAACAUCCAGUGUAUCCUUCUUCGACAACCAUGUACACUCAGCAUAAUAUUCAUCCACAACCAAUGCAUUUUGUACGUGAUCGUCAACAAACAUAUUCAUCAUCUCAACAUCAAUCACGUGGUGGAAGACCAGACGGUUAUGAUACUGAUACAGGUUUAAUAAGUAGUGGACGUUUAAGAAUGGCUAGAACAUUACCACCAAGAAUGAGUACAAUACCUGAAACAGUUGUAGUGAAUAAUAGAAUUAUGUCAAGUACAAAUUUAAAUACAAUGUCACCACAAUUACGUGGUAGUGCAUUUUUGAAUGAAGUACAACCAGCACUACCUUCACAAUCGAAUACAUUACGUCGACAAUAUUCGGGUUUUGAUACAGGAGGUAGUGGUUAUGAAACAGAUAGUGGUAUGCAUAUAAGACGACGUGUACUACCUGUUGAUGUUCAAUAUGGAGAUAGUGGAUGGGUUGGAACACAACCUUAUAAUAGACAGCAACAAUCACAUCAUCAAGUUUAUAAUCAAACAUUGCAACCACAACAUACUCAGUAUCAUUAUUCUCAGCAACAAAUGCCUUAUCAACAACAACAACGUUUUCAGAAUGUACCCAUUUCGAAUAGUAAUAAUACUUUAUUUCGACAAAAUGUACCAGUUAACCAGUAUCAUUCACAUGAUCAUUUGAGAUCGCGUGGAAAUUCAAUUCCUAUACAUCCUAGUUAUAUGGCAUCAACAGAACAACAGUAUCCACAAUCUCAACAACAGUCACAAACCAUAAGUCAUCUAGUCGACAAAUCAUUUACAUCCGACUCGAAAACACAAAAAAGGAUCGAACAAACACCUUCAAAUAAUCAACAAAAUGUGAAAACAACAAUCGUAUCUUCAAUCACUACUGAAGGAAACAAAAAGGAAGAAAAACGUACACCAAUCAUUCUGGGUGGAGUAGGCUUAUCAAAUCCACCAAAACAAUUUCAGUUUGAACGUACUACACCUGAUAAAGAAUCAUCACUUUCGACAACAGCACAGCAACAAAAAUUUUCUGAUUCUUAUCCACAACAACAACCACCAUCUUCAUCAUCGAAACGUUCAGCAAGACCCAAUCGUAUAAUUGACAUACAGAACGAGAAUGAUAAUACAAAACCACCAACAUCAGUUCCUUCGACUAAUACGUCUAUUGAUAAUAAUCUGAAACAUUAUACUUCAGGGGCUUCAAACUCUGCCGGCAAUGUUAGUCAUGAAAGUUUGGAUGCAAAAAUACCAUCGACACCGACAUUUCCGUUAAAUACACUAACAUACAAUCAAAAUUCGCAAACAAAAAACAGUUUAGAUCAACGAAUGGGAAAUAGUUCAUAUCGUAGUCAAGAAGAAGGCUCUCGACGUUCGAGUGUUUCAUCGGCAGCAGAAUCAGAUGUUUUACGCAGUAGUUCUCAACACGUUCAUAAUAUUAGCAAAUAUUGGUAUAAACCAAAACUUUCACGUGAAGAAGCUAUCUCUCUCUUAAAAAAAAAACCACCAGGAUCAUUUUUAAUACGAGAUAGUCAAGGAUUUCCUGGCUCAUAUGGAUUAGCGAUUAAAGUUGCUAAAUUACCUCCAUCUAUCCAAGCAAAACCAGGGGCUGAUCCAAAUGCUGAAUUGGUGAGACAUUAUUUAAUUGAACGAACACCAACCGGUUCUGUAAGAUUGAAAGGAUGCAUUAAUGAACCUGAUUUUGCUACUUUAUCAGCAUUAGUUUAUCAACAUACACUAACACCACUCGCUGUACCAUGUAAACUGGUAUUACCUGAAGCGGAUAUUUCGGACGAAUUUGAACGUGUUGGUCAAGACGGACGAAAAAUGUCAGCCAAAGAACUAUUAGAUAAGGGCGCCGCAUGUAAUGUAUUGUAUUUGAAUAAUGUUGACGUUGAACAAUUGUCGGGUCAAGCAGCAGUUGCUAAAGCAUUACGUUUGACAUUUGAUAAUGCCGACAAUUUACAAGCAACCAUUCUUCAUUUUAAAGUUUCAAGUCAAGGAAUAACGCUAACGGAUUUAAAGAAAAAGCUAUUUUUACGUCGACACUUUCCGAAAGAAAUGGUUACAUAUUGUGGCGUUGAUUAUGAAAAUGAUCGUUAUUGGACGUAUCAAUUUCCUGAUUUGGAUACACUAUCAAGAGCGAGAUGUUUUGCCUUUGUAUCGAAGAAAACUGAUAAAUCUAGUGAAAAUGAAUGUCAUGUAUUUGCUGAGAUUGACACGACUCAGCCAACAUCAGCUAUUGUUAAUUUUGUCUCAAAAGUAAUGAUUGGAUCUGUGCCUGUAUAA